AUGAAGCUGAUGCUCGGUGGUCUCCAGCCCACGCGCGGCAGGGUGCGGAUCAACCGGGGCGCGAAGCUCGCGCUCGUGAACCAGCACCAUGCGGACCAGAUCGACCUGACCAUGACGCCGCUCGAGUACGUGCAGAGCCAGCUCGCCGGCGACAAGUCCGAGGCCCAGACCCGGGCCCUGCGCACCGAGCUGGACAAGUCGGGGAUCGGCACGGCCUUCCACGACGUCCCCGCCGUCGCGCUGAGUGGCGGCCAGAAGUCGCGCCUGGCCAUGGUGGGCGUGAGCGUCACGAGGCCGCACGUGCUGUUCAUGGACGAGCCGACGAACAACCUGGAUGUCAGCGCCGUGGAGGCCCUGGCGGACGCGGUCGAGGCCUUUGACGGCGGUAUCGUGCUGGUGAGUCACGACAAGUAUUUUGUCUCCCGCAUCGCAAAGACGGUCUGGAUCGUCGGAGAUGGGAAGGUAACGCCCUGCGGCUGUGGCUUCGAGGAAUACUGGGCCAAGAUGCUCUGCAAGAUCGACCCGGCCGCCCCCAUAGCCGUCGAGGCCCUGGAGACCUACGCCCGGAAGAAGCAGGUGUCUGCAGCCUACCUGACGGGAGGCAUGGCGACCAGGGAGGCGUUCGCGAAGGAGAAGAGCGAGCUCCGUGCUGGCCGCGUGGUCUGGUGA